GAAAAAUUUACAUGUAUUCGAAGUUUUUUAUUUACUAUCAGAUCAUCCAUAAAAUGAGACGUCAAACCACAGAAGGCCAUGUUGUACAGGAGAGCUGUUUGGCCUUGGCUUGGAUUUAAAACGCUCGAUCUUAAUGACAUGAUCAUUGCUCAAGUUAAAGAGAGAGAUGUCACAUUUCCUAACGUCAAAAAAGGUGUCCUCGUAGCUAUGGUGACUCCUGGAUCUCCUGCUGAUCGUGCUGGAUUCCAUCCUGGUGAUGUUGUCAUUGAAUUUGACGGAAAGCCAAUCAUUGAGAUAAUGAGUGACAGAAUUGGAAAAGCAAUAAAGGUGGUUGUGAAAAGAGCAAAUGAUGAAACGGCCAGUUUGACAGUAAUUCCAGAGGAAGCCAAUCCAGAUAUGUGAGAUACUACAGUUCUGUUGUUUCAGGUUUUCUGUUGAUGUGUAUCAUAUUUAUUGCUUAUAUUAAAUUUCCAUGUUUCUGAAUCUUUGAUUUUUCAGAUCUUCAUAAAAGAUGAAUAAAAAUCUCCAACAAGA